AUGUCUUCGAUGUGUAAAUUAGAUUGUGGAUUCUACGGUAAUCCAGCACAGGACGGAUUAUGUUCGUCCUGUUAUAAGGCUUCUACGAAAAAAAUCAAUGUCGCGCAGUCGGAUUCGAAAACCUCCGAUCAAUCCGAGGCCAAGGUCGACGACGGCGUCGACAAGGGCACCAAAAUGGAGAAGAAACUGCGCUGCCUGACUUGCCGCAAAAAGGUCGGACUCGUUGGCUGCGUUUGCCGCUGUGGUGGACUUUUCUGUGGUCUGCAUCGCUAUACCGAUAAGCACGAUUGUUCGUUCGACUAUCGGAGUCUCGCCGCAGCCGAGAUAAAACGCAACAAUCCGGUCGUGACCGGUGAAAAGAUCCGGAAAAUUUGA